AUGUUGGGGUCCAUGGACUGUGUCCCCACAGCAGGACCCUUUUCAGGUUUCUUUCAGCAGUGUGCUUCUGAGAGUCUGCUGAGGAAUGAUGGGAAGCUUGCCCAGCAGAAGGAAAAGCCUGUCCACAAGCGCUAACCCCAGUUCCUCUGGUCCAGUCCAAGGAGCUGUGUCCACACAAGCAGAGAGAAGCAAGGUCACAGCUGUGGCCCUGGGCAGCUUCCCAGCAGGUGAGCAGGCUGGACUGUCUCUGAGACUCGGGGAGCCACUAACCAUCAUCUCUGAGGAUGGAGAUUGGUGGACAGUCAUAUCGGAAGUCUCGGGCAGAGAGUAUCACAUCCCCAGUGUGCAUGUGGCUAAAGUCUCCCAUGGGUGGCUGUAUGAGGGCCUGAGCAGGGAGAGAGCUGAGGAACUACUCUUGUUGCCUGGAAACCCCGGAGGGGCCUUCCUCAUCAGAGAGAGCCAGACCAGGAGAGGCUGCUAUUCCCUGUCCAUUCGACUCAGCCGCCCUGCAUCUUGGGACCGGAUCAGACACUACAGGAUACAGCGCCUUGACAAUGGCUGGCUGUACAUCUCACCACGUCUCACCUUCCCCUCACUCCAGGACCUGGUGGACCAUUACUCUGAGCUGGCAGAUGACAUCUGCUGUGUCCUCAAGGAGCCCUGCGUCCUGCAGAAGCUUGGCCCACUACCUAGCAAAGAUCUCCCUCUCCCUGUGACUGUGCAGUCGGCAUCACUCAACUGGAAAGAGCUGGACAGUAGCCUGUUUUUGGAAGCACCUGCCAGUGGGGAGGCAUCUCUUCUCAGUGAGGGCCUCCGAGAAUCCCUCAGCUCCUACAUCAGCCUGACUGAGGAGAACUGCUUGGAUGACGCCUAGUCCAGCACACAGUCAAAGGGGAACCGAGGCCAUGUCGUCACCUAGGAC